AUGGGAUCAUCAGAGCAACCUGAUAACAGGCCGGAGAAGGCCUUCUUCAUCUUCGGUCACAACAUCUCGCACACCCUCUCUCCAACGCUACACAACACAGGCUUUCGGGAGCUUGGUCUGCCAUAUCAAUACAACAUUCACCAAACUGAGAGCGUCGAUGAGACGGUUGAAAAGAUCAUCAAACGGGACGACUUCGGGGGCGCCUCAGUCACUUUCCCACACAAACUCCAGAUCGGUAAGCUGCUGGAUUCGGUCACCCCCUGCGCCGAAAAGAUCGGAGCGGUCAAUACCGUUAUCGUCGACGAGAGGUCCGGUAAAAGGUGCCUCUUAGGAGACAAUACCGAUUGGCACGGAAUUAAACGAUGCAUCGAGAAAAGCGGCGUGGAAGGUCUCCAGUCUUCUGCAGCGUUGAUACUUGGCUCUGGAGGCGCAGCUCGGGCUGCAUGCUAUGCCUGCCUGGAAUUGGGUAUCUCCGAGGUUCUAAUCGUUAAUCGGACGACCUCAAAGGCACAGGCCAUGGCAGACCAGUUUCCCAAUGUCAAAAGCCACGUUAUGGCAACCCUGGAUGGCGCUGCGACAGACAGAAAACAGCCCGAGAACACGGAAAAGGCACCUAUUCGGGUCAUCAUCGCUUGCAUACCGGCUGAUGAUCUCAGCAAGGACAAGAUCCCUUCCGAAAUCUUUACAGGGUCGGAAACCGGUGUGUUGAUCGAGAUGGCUUACAGACCCCAGGUCACGGGUAUGAUGGCUAGGGCGUCUUGCCACGAAGGCUGGAAGGUGUUUAGGGGAGUUGAUGUUCUGGAGGAACAGGGGUACGCGCAGUUUGAGUUGUGGACUGGGAAGAACGCUCCUGUGCCGGCGAUGAGGGCUGCCAUGCAGGCCAAGAUUGAGCAAAACGAACAGGCCAAAUCAUCCAUGUAA